AUGACCGAAGAAGCCGACCAAGAAGGUCUUGAAAAGGAGAUCGCCGAUCUUGAGCUCCGCCUAAGUCAUGCGAGGAGUCGCCUAAAAAAGGCCAGGGCAUCUCCCAAUAGAGAUGCGUAUACGAAUUUCAGCUUCGACGAUGGACGAGCACUAGAUUCAUCCUCAAUACACUCUCUGUUACUGCUUUCCGAUUCGGCCUUGCCUUUGGGGUCAUUCGCCUAUUCCAGCGGAUUGGAGUCCUAUAUUGCGCACAACAGACCUCUCCCCUCGACGAUCACUCCGGUCGCCUCUUUCCAGCGCUUUCUGAAGCUCUCGAUCGCUUCGGUGGCCAGUACUUCUCUGCCGUACCUCCUCACUGCGUAUCGCUGCCCGGAGCAGUUAGAGACCUUGGAUAAUGACCUGGAUGCCUCGACACCCUGCACAGUGGCGCGGAGGGCGAGUGUCGCACAGGGGAGGGCGCUUCUGAGUGUCUGGGAACGAGCUUUUCAACAGACAUAUGCCUGUCACCCUGGUGCGCACCUGUGUGAUGAUGAUGGUGAUGCAACGAAGACCGCCGCCCUCAAGGCGAUUGCAAACUUCUCGGAAGCAUUGAAAUCUAGCACCGAUGAGCUUGGACCAAGUGGACAUCUCGCACCGUUAUGGGGUGCUGUUUGUCUCGCAAUGGGCAUCGAUAUCUCCCUAGCGGCGUAUGUCUUCAUGCUUAAUCAUGCGAAAGCGGUCCUCAGCGCCGCUGUGCGUGCCUCCGUAAUGGGCCCAUACCAGGCUCAGAGUAUCCUGGCCAGUAAUGACCUGCGAGAAUUGAUCAUGGAGAGAAUACAGCGAGAAUGGGACACUAAGCCGGAGUAUGCAAGUCAGGUUGCUCCCGUGCUAGACCUGUGGAUUGGGAGACAUGAGCUGCUUUACAGCAGAAUUUUCAAUUCAUGA